AUGAAAUCCUUCAGCCCGAUCCUCUUUCUUCUCGUCUUCCUCUUCGCCCAGAUGGGUUCCAGAGCUGCCGCUUUGGCCUCACUUCCUGCGGGCUCCGACUUCCCAGGGAUGGGCCACCCCUCUCAGCCCUCCCCUCAUGCUUCUGAAAAUUCCACUCUCGAUGAGCCUAACCCAGAAUCCCCUGGCACUGCUUAUCUUGAGCCCUCCAAGACACCUCAUGCGGUUUCCCCUGAGCCCUCCCAUCUUGACCUCCCUGAGACCCCCAAAACUGACCUCCCAGAAACCCCACACCCAGAGUCUCCUGAGACCCCCAAACCUAACUCACUCAACACCUCAAUAUCAGAAUCCCUUGAAACCCUCCAAAUUAACCCCUCCAAAAUGACACAUCCAGAACUUUCUGAGACCCCCAAACCUGACCCAACUGAAAUUCUACACAUAGAAUCCCUUGAGACCUCUGAACCUAAUUCCUCCAAAACUUCACACCCAGCAUUUCCUGAGACCCCAAACCCUGAACCUACUCACACUCCACACCAAGAAUCCCCAGAUUUUCCCAAACUUAACUCCACUGAAAUCUCACCUACAGAAGCCCCUGGGACCCCAAAUCCUGACUCCACCAAAACUCUUGGACCCAAAUCUCCAGAAACCUAUGAUCCUAACACCACUGAGACCGCAAACUCUGAAUUCCUUCAGACCCCUCAACCUGACCCUACCAAAAUCCCCCACCCAGAAUCCCAUGUAAGCCACAACACCAAUCCCACUGAAAUUCCCCCAACUGAAUUUCCCACAACCCCCUACCAAGAUGCAACAGAGAUCCUCAAGACCUCUGACCCUGAGGUCUCCACUAAUCCUCACCCAGAAACACCCGCUCCCUUCAGGGAAGAAGUUACUGCCCUAAAUGAGCUGCCCUUGAAACCCAGCCCAGAAACACUUGCAGUCACCCAGAUCGACCCCCUCAAAUUGCCCACCUCAGAUUCUCCUGGGACAGUUGAGCUGAAGGCCCCCCAGAACUUUAGUCCUAAAGGGCCUGACGGCCUUUCUCCCUCAGCCCGGAUUGCGGGGCCCCCUGCUCCUCCAGGGCCCCCCACUCAGCCGGCCCCUGCCACUCCGCGGGCCCCCCAACGGCGCAGCCGAGGUGAGAGAGUCAACACUAUCAUCGUGGUGGAACGAGUGGAGGAGACCGGCGUGACCCUGGUGGGGCGUCCCCGGGGCGCGGCAGGCGGAGCCCUCUGCCUAUUCUUCGCCGGGACAGGGCUACUUAUCAGCAUUUUCCUGCUGCUGUGGUGUCUCUACCGCCGGGCGGCUCGACACCGGCCCUUCGCACACCACCGGCUUCCGAACGAUGGAGAUGAACCGGUUAUGCAUUUGGACGCCCCGAAGGACCCCUAUGAUCUCUACUUUUAUGCACCGGACGCCUGGGUUCCUUCACACAUCGCCACCAAGCAGCCGCCGCCCACUCCUCCGCUGCCGCCCAAGCUGCCCCCGCCGCCUCGCGGGGUCCGCCCCCAGCUCCUGGAGCCUCUCUCCCCCGCCACGCUUCCCAACAACUUCGUGUGAGCCUGGCCAGACCUUGGCCAGCCCCAAA